AUGCUAUGGAAACAUUUUUCGAAGGUACCGCACAUGCUGCUAGGAAAGGGGGGAAUAAGAAAAACAGUCUUAAAGUUUAUGGAGAUUAAACGGGCAUUUAAAUUAAUUUUCAAAUUGAUAUAUAGAAGUAACUUCCACAAAUUCUUAAACAAAGUGACAACCAAAAUUAUAAAAUUAUAUGCUAAAUGUGUUAAUAAUAGUAGUGUAUUCAGAAAGUUGUGUAAUAAAUACUACAAGAUUAGCCACUUAAAAAUCACAAUUUGUGAUUUUUUUUUUAAAAAUAAAAUAAUUAAUGCAAAAUUAAAGAAAUGUAGUAUUAUCAAACCACGUUGUUAUAAACAAAACAAAAUUAAUGGGAUAACAAAUAAAAUGAAUAAAUACACAGAAGAAGGUAUAUGCGCAGAGGAAUCAAAUGAUCAUUAUGUAAUUGAUCUAUAUAAUGAAACACAUUUACAAACUCCAUUUAAUAACGCCUAUGUUUUGAAGAGUAAUGAUUCUACGUUCGAAUCGAAUUGUAACACAACACAAUCUAGCGAUUGUGGCAGAACAAACGAAAAUGAUGAAACAAGUAACAGUUCUUAUUUAGAUAAUGACAUGCUAUCUUUUGAAACACUGGAAUAUGAUGAAGAUGAAGUAAAUGAGAACAUAAAAAAUUGCUACCUUUAUAAUGGAUAUGUGAAUGUAAAAAGUUAUAAAAAUUCUGAGGAAUAUAAAUUCUUAAAUCAUUUAAAUGAAGAAAAAAAUAAAUGUGUAGAUAUAGCAAUUGAUGUGUCUCCACAGUGUUACUACGAUGAGCAACUUGAAAAUGAAAAAGGAGAACGAGCUGCAAGUGGAAAACGAGAAAAGGAAGAAAAUUGUAAUCAAACGGAUGAUGAGAUGAAACAUGCGUACAAAAAAAGAAGAAAACGAAAAAAUAAAAUAUAUGAAAUUUAUAAUUCAGAAACAACAGUUAAGCAAAACAUAUACUGUGAAAAUUAUUUAAACGAUAAUUACUCCUCUUCUUAUGACUGUUCUAGUGAAUAUAAUGAUGACACUAGUGUGAAUGAUUUUUCUGAUAAUUAUUUUGACGACAUUAGUGAAAACAGCUUUUUAUGUCAAUACAGUGUAAACAGUUAUGACACUAUACAAAGUGCUCAAGAUGAAUCAAAUUAA